AUGGAAUGCGAAGAUGCGUUGAUGAGCUUGGAUAAUCGGGAGCGUUCAUCACGAUUUUUUAAAACUCCUAGAAUUGGUUCCCGUCGAGUCCGUAAUAGAUUAGUACAAAAAGGUGGUAUAUGUAAUAUAUCUUUAGUUAAUGUACCCAAGCAGCGACGCAAAUAUUUCAGUGAUAUUUUCACUACUGUAAUUGAAAUCAGAUGGCGUUGGACACUAUUAUUUUUUGCCACAUCAUUUAUCGCUUCUUGGACAUUUUUUUUCACCGUUUAUUACUUCAUCAUAGUAACACAUGGUGAUUUUGAACAUAUCACUGAUUCAAGUUGGAUUCCAUGCGUCAUGAAUGCAAACAGUAAAAUGAAUAUCUUCUUGUUUUCAUUCACAACUCAGACUACAAUCGGUUAUGGUUUCAGAUAUCCAACAAGCGAGUGCCCUCUAAUAGUCAUAACAAUGUGCCUUCAAUUUAUGAUUGGUGUUAUGUGCCAUACGUUGAUGACUGGUGUUAUAUUUGCUAAAUUAGCAAGGCCUAUUAAACGAGCUGCUACUAUUUUAUUCAGUAAGAAUGCUGUGAUUUGCAUGAGGGAUGGCAAGUUGUGCCUUCUUUUUCGAGUUGGUGAUAUGAGGAAAAGUUCAUUAGCUGAAGCUCAUGUUCGAUUACAAAUGAUAAAAAAAUGCAUAACUUAUGAAGGAGAAUUACUACCGUUUCAUCAAUUUGAUAUGGACGUUGGCUACGAUACAGGUUUAGAUCGAGUAUUCGUUAUCUGGCCCAUUACAAUUUGUCAUGAAAUUGAUGAAAAUAGCCCACUGUAUGAAAUAAGCAAAGAAAGUCUGUGUACAGAUACUUUUGAAAUAAUUGCUAUUUUGGAAGGUGUUGUUGAAUCAGUUGGUUCUACAACACAAGCACGAACAAGUUACUUACCAAAUGAAAUUUUGUGGGGUAAGCGUUUUGAGAAACUGGUAACUUAUCAACGUGAUAACGGUGAAUACAAAAUUGAUUUUGAAAAGUUUCACAAUGUUUAUGAUGUUGAUAUACCAGUUUGUUCAGCAAAAGAACUCGAUCGAAUGCGUGAUCUUGGAUUGAAACCAGAAAAUGCCUAUCAAAUAGCUACAAAUUUAAGUGAUAACUUGAUUGAAAGUCCAAUUGUUGCAAUUCAUCCGAAGGGUUCUAAUCCACGAUUAUCCGUUUUAUUAAAUAAACAUGAUAAUGGCACUAUACAUAAUCCUGACAAAGUUGAAAUGGAUGAUGAAGAUAAUGAUGAAACUAUACACGUAAACGUUGGUUUAAAACACAAACGACCAUUAUUAGUAUGCGUACAGAGUCCAGAUUUUUCGACACGUCAUGUGCAAUCAAUUAGACGAGGUCCAGAUAUUUUUUAA